AGAAACGAGGAACAAGAAGAGAUAUCUAGAACGACUUCAGAAAGAGAGGCAUGACGAGGAGAUGAGAAGAGCAGCUGAGUUAAAGCAUCAGCAUGAGGAGGAGGAGGCUCGUAAGGAGGAGGAGUAUAGGAGAUUGCAGGAGAUGGAUGAGAGCGAAAGACUGGAGUACUUACGCAGACGGCAGGAGGAAGAAGAGGAGAGGAGGAAGGCUGCGGAGAAGAGAAGACGAGCAGAGGACGAAGCAGCUAUGUGGGAUGAAGAGUUUAAUAGGCAGAGGGCAGCACUGGAGCAAAAUCUCCAGUUCCACAGAGGACUUGUUGUAGAAACAGAGGGUCUGAAACAGAAGCAGAACAUCUCUCGGCCCUGGGUCUUCUCUUAUUUCAGUCGUCUGAGCUUAGCGUCUGAGGAGUAAAAUAAAGUUCACAACAUCCAUCUAUUUUGCUGAAAAUGAAAAUUCACUCUUAUUAUAAUCGCUGCAUUCGACCUGAGAAAUCUUCCACGUGACCAGACUGACCUUCUAGUUAUUUUUGUGUUACAGCCCAAAAGGGAAACUAAAACAAAUGAAGGACAUUAAAUCAACUGUAGGUUCCAAGAAU